UUCCAUUAGAGCUAAUAAUAAUAUUCACUCCGUGGAAUUAUCCCCAACAGACGCGAACUUUCCCAUCCAGGCGUAUUCCGCUUCGAUUCUUACUUCUAGUUCACUGGUCACCAUUCCAAAUUCUAAUGAUAAUAACACGUUGAAGGUGGAACCAGGUGGUAAAGGUGGAUUUUGGGGAGAUCUGUGGCGGAUGAGUCUCAUUAAAGAAGGAAAACCGACGCCGAAAUUUUGGUUGAUUUUAAUUGUGUUUUUGGCGUUGACAUUACUGAUUGUAAUUCCUGUAGUUGUAGCCACACUUAGCCAAUCCUCUCCACCCCCUCCACCUCCUUCACCCUCUUCACCUUCUUCACCCCAGCCAUCACCACCUAUCAAACCAAAUAAUAAUCAAACCAUUGCGUCGCCGGUUUAA